AGGGCGAGGCGCGGGCUGGGCAUUUGCACCCAAGCGCGGGAAGAGCAGUGCGUGCCGGCGGAGGAGCAGCGUCCCCGAGCCCGGCCAGUCGGAGGACGACCCCCCGCACGGCAGGAAUUACCCCACCGUGGCCAUUCCCAAUGACUCGGCCGGGUUUCGCCCCGCGGCGGCCGGAACACCGAGGGCGCCCGAAGGGCACCACGGCGCCGCGCGGACCGAGGGCACCGGCCUGCGCGGGAGCCUGGCCUCCACUCCGGGGCCCCAGGACACUUACCGUCGUCGUCGUCGUCGGGCUCCUGCUGCCGGCCCUAGCUGACGCGGCCAUGACCACCAGGCAGGGCAGAGCUCACCGGCAAUUAGCCGGCCUGCAGGGAAGACAGUUCCCCCAGACGCUGUGUGAAGCAGGAUCUUAUGCAGAUGGAAAUGGAGAUUGUCGUGAAUGCACAAAUGGAGUGGAUUACACCAGUCAUUUGAACAGCCUCCUUUCCUGUAUCCCCUGCACCCCCUGUAAAUCAGAUGAACAAGAGAUAAGUCCAUGCAACAGGACGGUAGACAGGAAAUGUUGGUGCAAACCCGGCACUUUCCGCAGAAACGAUUCCCCGGAGGUGUGUGAGGUGUGCAGCGUAAGCUGCUCCGACGGGAUGGUUGUGGCCAAGCCCUGUACCCCCUGGAGCAACCUCAAGUGCAUCCACCAAAAUUCAGGUACCCAGGCCAGUUGGGAGGCCCCAGUGCCCAGAGAGCCAGUGCCCGCCAGCCCAGAGCCGCCCACUGUUCCUCUCCAUCCACAAGGUGCUGGUGGCCUUGUCUGGCCUGUGGCCGUUGGCUGCUGUCUGCUGCUGGUGGUGCCACUGAUGGCAUUUCUUUGCUGGAAGCACAUCCUUCCAGAUUGUGGAGUGGACCCCAAGUGCACGGACAGAGUCUUUUUGAGGUGCUUGCGUUCCCUGAGAGGGCCUGGGGUUGUGGACAAUGCGCACAAUCAUAUCCUGAGCAACAGAGAAUCACAGUCCUCCGUGGUCACUGAGCAGGAGCAGACCGGAGUCAUUGUAGAGCCCCUGGUGAAGGCAGAGCAUCUCCUGGAACCCCCAGGAACUGAAGAGUCUCAGGUGAGAAGCCGGCAGUUGGUUCCAGCCAGCAAAGCAGAUGCUAUUGAAAACCUGCGCCUGCUCUUCGAUUACUUUGCGGAAGUUGUGCCGUUUCACUCCUGGAACCAGCUCAUGCGGCUAAUGGGCCUUACGGACAAUGAGAUUCAUGUGGCCCGAGCUAGAGCUGCAGACCCAAGGGAUUCCCUGUAUGAAAUGCUGGUGGUCUGGCUCAAAAAAAUGGGACAGGUUGCCUCAGUCAACAUGCUGCUGGCAGCCCUAGACAAGCUGGGGGAAAGAAAUGCAAAGGAAAAGAUUCAGGAGUACUUGCUGCACUCUCAAGAGUACGGGUUCAGAAGACUAAAGACCUGCCCAAUAACAUGGCGUCUGAUGAAGCUAAUUUUGAAGCGAAAACUGAAAAGAGGAAAUUAGAACUGGAAAGAAAUUGGAAGCGACUCCAGACUCUGCAGAGUGUCAGGCCAGCCUUUACGGAUGAGUGUGAGAAGAUUGAGGAGGAAUUGCAAAAACAAUACGACAUUUAUCUGGAGAAAUACCGAAACCUGGCUUCUUUGGAACAACUGGAGGGUCAUCACAGGAGAGGUUUAAGGAAGCCGAAAGUACUCCACGUCUGAUGCAGAACAAGCUAAAGGAAGAAGAAAACCCACUGCUCAAGAGCAGAAGCAAUCAUGACUCUGACAUUGACACCCAGGAGGAUUAUGAAUCUGACAGCGAAUUGGAAGAGAGACGGCUGUCCGAGCCGCAGAUGGCCAUGGAGGUCCUCCCAGCAAACGCAUCGUGGGCACAAUGCAGGG